AUGAUAAGGGCAAGGAUACCCAUAAAAUUGAACAAUUUACAAUCAACAAAACAAUGUUUUAGUACAAAAAAUCCAAUUUCUUCUGCUCAAGAUUUGAAAACUGAAGAAAUUAAUAUUACAACACCACCAAAUUUUAAUCAAUAUCAUGAAAAUAUUCAUUCAAUAGCUAGUCAUUUAUCUGACUUGGGUCCAUACCCUCAACAUUCUCAAUAUUUGAACCCACAACAUUAUUAUCAAAAUACUGUCUUGAUGAAUUGGGCCCAAAGAACUCCACAUCCAGUUACUUUAAGACAAUUAGCAGCUUUUGGUAAGGCAUUAAACGAGGAAAAAAUUAUAUCAAGUGCAAAUUUUGUUAGAUUAGAAUUACCAAUUAGAAUCGCAUUGAUUUUAAGAGAUUUACAAGAUUUACCAUUUAAUGUUGUUAAUAAUUUCCAUUUAGCAAAAGUUUAUGAAUCUUAUUAUGACAUUUUUGAUCGUUUUAGGAAAAUCCCCCAGAUUAAAACUAUCCAGGAUAAUAAUGAAUUUUGUAAAACAUUGGAAAAUGUCUUGACAGAUAUAAAUUUAUUAAAUUUACCAAAUUUAAUGAUGGGUGCAUUAGAAUGUAGAAUUUUAGAUGCAAUGCCACCAAAUCAAUUAGAUGAAUUAGUUUCUUCAUUAUUAAGAGCAAGAAUUUCAAGAAGAUUAAUUUUGGAAGAACAUUUAUCAUUAACUAAAAAUUUCAAUUCAAAUCCAAAUUCUCCAAGAUCUCAUAUUGGUGAUAUUUUUUUCAAAUGUUCAGCAAAAGAACAUUUACAAAUUAGUGCAACAAAUGCAGCACAAUUUAUUUCAUCAAUUUAUCCAAAUGUUAAAUCACCAAAAUUAAUAAUUGAAGGUGAAAAACAAUUAAGUUUCCAAUUUUUAACAUCUCAUUUACAUUAUCUUUUUGGAGAAAUUUUAAGAAAUUCAUAUGAAGCAACAGUUAAACAAUUUUUAAAAACAAGUUCUCAUCCAGAAUUAGAAACACCACCACCUAUCAAGGUUACAAUCAUUGAAAAUAAAGAUCAUGUUGCCUUCAGAUUUAGUGAUCAAGGUGGUGGGAUUGAUAUUAAACCAAUCAAUAAAAUUUGGUCAUUUGGUAAAUCUUCAAAUGCAGCAAGAGAAUCAUUAGCAAAUUUCCAUAAAUUACCAAACUUGGAAUUAGAAACACAUUAUAGUAAACCAUUAAAUGUUAACAAACGACGUCAAUCAUUAAUGCAAACUUCGAUUGGAGGGAUUGAUAAUAACAUUAUCAAAGAAACUACAUUGAUUGAUUUGAUUCAAAGACCAGCGUCAUAUAAAUUAGGCCUAGGACUGGCAAUGUGUAAGACUUAUGCAGAUUAUUGGAAUGGGGAUUUAGUUAUGCAUUCUUUAAAUGGGUUUGGAACAGAUACUUAUUUGAAACUGGGUAAAUUAUCUCAUGCCAGUGAUAAAUCACAAUUACAUAGAGCAUGA